CAGCAAAAAACGAAGAAGAAGAGCAACAGUGCAUUUAUUUUAGCUCUUGCUGCAUUUUUGCAAAACUGCGCUUUUUCUGCACAAAAUUAUUCAGCGAAAGUAAUUUAAUACCCCGCGGAAUAAUGCUAGCCUUGUUUAUCGCGUGUGGCUAUGGAUAGUGCUAGUUUUGCGUAUUGUUUUCGUUCAUAUUCGUAGCGCCAAAACAAAAACUCUGGACUGCUGCUAGAAAGAGACGGUUGCGCAUCUAAUCGGGAUCUAUUAUGUUGAAACGCUCGUUAAAGGUCUUAAUUGCACUGGUGCUGAGUUUAAUGUUCACCGUUUCGCUGGUGAAGAUAGUGCUAUUGAUUUGGUCCUCGCAUCCCACCGCCCCCCACAGUCCCCCGCCCCUCCCUACCGUCGACGAAUGGCUGGAUUCGGAGAACCUAUCGUCCUAUAAGCAGUUAUUUCGCGAUAAAGGCAUCUCCUCCUUGUCGAGUUGCGGCGAUCCGGAGCGUCUGCCGGAGCUGCCGCCGCUGGACGAGCAGCGCCUCCAGCGAGCUGCGUUGCAUCUGCAGCAGAAGCUGAUCCUGCGCGAGUGGCUGAGGGACCACCGGCUGCAGCACCACUACCAGCGACUCCUGGCCGUGGAGGUCGCCUCGCUGGAGGACGUCUACUGGCUGGAAGACUCGCGGGCCAGCAAGAUCCUCGGCAAGGACUGGCAGCUGUGGUCCGGUGCCCGGCAGAACCUGCCCACAUCGAAGGCCCAACUGGACGCCCUGAAGGCGCAGCUCUGGUCGACGGUGGUCAAGAGCAGCCAGCACCAGGACGCCUGGACAUGGGGCGGCAUGCUGGUCGUAUCCGUCUCAGUCGCCGGCCUCGUCACCCUGGCUGCCAUGACGCAGCCCUCGCUGGCCCCCGAGGCCCGUCACUCCCUGCUGCAGUACGUCACCGGGAAGUAUCUGCUGCCCGCCAACUGCAAGGUGCAGUGGGACUGGAAGGAUCCGGCCAGCGUCGGCGGCACCAUGUGCUUCGUGGUGCGCUUCUUCCAGCGGAAUGGACAGCCCUAUCCCAUCUGUGAUACGGACCAGUUCUUCGUCGAGGUCACCGAGGGCACCCGCAAGGUGGUCACCAUCAGCGAGCUGGGCUCCUCCACCGAUCCCAACAACGCCAACAUCGCCAAGGUCAAGUUCACGGUCCGCACUGCGGGCCAGUACAAGAUAUCCGUGCUGAUCGGCGCGAGUCACAUCGCCGGAUCGCCCUUCCUGCGAUCCUUCCUCCCCGGAGCCAUCGAUGCCCGGCGAUCGAGGUUCAUCCGGCCCGCCAGCACGGUCAUCUGCUGCGCCGGCGCACCCACUUUGAUGCACAUUGAACCUAGAGAUGAGUUCGGGAACUCGUGCCUCUUUGACCAGAAUCAGUCGGAUGAGGCGCUGCAGGGCUAUCAAGUAGCUGUGUACGAUCUGCAUGGCGUUCCAGUGGAGAAGCUGCAGCAUGCGAUCGUCUUCGCCUACGACAGAGUCAACUCGAGGGUAUCGGUGACUGCCCUCUUCCCAGAACCCACUUGUCUGAGGGCCGUGAUAAGUUAUAAGGAUCAGCAGUUGCCCAAUGGUGACUUCGACAUCAUUGUCUUAAGCAGCAGCGACACCACGUUGGUGCACAAGAACAUCGCCUCGAGGAAGCACAACAUCUGCUACGAGGCCAAGCUGCUGAGCAUCUUCGGAGUGGCCAAGAACAAGCCGAGGAAGGUGCUCUGCUACGUGGGACCCAAACAGAACUCCCUGAUCUUCCAGGUGACCAUCAAGGAGAUGAUCCUCAAGUUCAUCCCCAAGCGGAUCGCCACCUUCCGGCUGUGUCCCUCGACCAAGUUUCACUUCCUGCCCCAGUUGGUCUCCCAGCUGCACGGCCCCGUGUUCAUCAUCGACGACGGAGCCCAGCCGAAGAUCGAGUUGGCCUCCAAGGAUCGGAACAUCAUUGCUGCCACCUUCACCCACUUUCUGCUGAAGAACAUUGGCGGUUCGGAGACGUUCAAGGAUAAGCAGGACUUCUUCUACCACGAGGUGCGCAAGUUCCACGCCAGCUACUACCACGAGAAGAUGGCCCUGAAGGUGCAGCGCGAGAAGAUCCUCGAAAGCAGCAUGAAGGCGGCCAAGGGAUUCUCCGUGUCCGACUGGUGCGGCAACUUCGAGGUCACCUUUCAGGGCGAGCAGGGCAUCGAUUGGGGCGGUCUGCGGCGGGAGUGGUUCGAGCUGGUCUGCAGUGCCCUCUUCGACGCUCGCGGAGGCCUCUUCUGCACCUUCCACGACAAGCACCAGGCGCUGGUCCACCCGAAUCCCACGCGUCCUGCGCACCUGAAGCUGAAGCACUUCGAGUUCGCCGGCAAGAUGGUGGGAAAGUGCCUCUUCGAGAGCGCUCUGGGCGGAAGCUAUCGCCAGCUGGUCAGGGCCAGGUUCAGUCGCUCAUUCCUGGCACAACUGAUCGGUCUAAGGGUUCACUAUAAGUACUUUGAGCAAGAUGACCCCGACUUGUAUCUGUCCAAGAUCAAGUACAUUCUGGACACCGAUCUGGAUGCCACGGACACCCUGGAGCUGUACUUCGUGGAGGAGAUGUACGACGCCAGCAGCGGGCAGCUGAGCAAGACCAUCGAACUGAUUCCCAACGGGGCCAAGACGCGAGUGACCAAUGCCACCAAGAAUCAGUAUCUGGACUCCUUGGCCCAGCAGCGUUUGUGCAACAAUGUGAAGGACGAGGUGGACAGCUUCCUGAAGGGCCUGAACUCCAUCAUACCGGAUAAUCUUCUCAGCAUUUUCGAUGAGAACGAACUGGAGCUGCUGAUGUGCGGCACUGGGGAGUAUUCCAUCAGCGACUUCAAGUCGCACCACAUCGCCAACGGCAAUUCGGCGGAGUUUCGACGGGUCUUGGCCUGGUUUUGGGCCGGAGUCAGCAACUUCAGCCAGACGGAGAUGGCGCGGCUGCUGCAGUUCACCACGGGAUGCUCGCAGCUGCCGCCCGGAGGAUUCCAGGAGCUGAAUCCGCAGUUCCAGAUAACGGCGGCCCCGACCUUUGGCAACCUGCCCACGGCGCACACCUGCUUCAACCAGCUGUGUUUGCCGGACUACGAGAGCUACGAGCAGUUCGAGAAGUCGCUGCUGUUGGCCAUCAGCGAGGGCAGCGAGGGAUUCGGCAUGGUCUAGAUAUAUAUUAUAUAUAUAGGAUAUAGGAUAGUGGAGAGGGGAAAGCUAGCUGUUCCCUCGAUUUUUGUCUGCUACGCUACUGUGUUCCUUUCUGUGCGCUUUAAAUGUAUUGCAACUAGCAACUAAGUGACCUAGUCAGUAAGCCUGCAUAGUGAUAAACAGCCACUAAUUUCAGUCCCGGCUAGAUAUAUUAUAUUAAAACCCCUCAAUGGGAGAUCCCUUAAGCAAUAAUAAUCUCGGAUUAGCCGGCGUAGCGAGUGUAGGUAUAAAUCGAGUCAAGAUGCAAAUUAAAACCGAAUAUAUAUCAUCAUCAAAAGGAAUGUGAUAAUUGUAUUAUAGACUAAUGCAACCUAAGCGUAAUUGAAAACUUUUAAACUACCUAUCGGUAAAGCAAAUAAGUAGCCAUUAAAACCAAAAACUACUCUAGUUAAUUGUUAGUUGCGCUGUGUAAAGAAACCCAAGGGAAGCUUUAUCCAAGCUGAUCGAAAACCAAAUGUUUGUAGCAUACUUUAAUACAAAUCGUAGUUGUAAUCGUUAAAUAGUCGGAACAUUCACAAAGAGCAAUGUUUGUGUGCAUUUCUUCUAACGAAAAAAAACCAAAUGUAUGGCCAAUUGUGCCGCAACUCGAAUACAAUCCCCAAUCCUUCUCCCUCGCUGUGCUCUCUUAAAAGCAAUAUGUGGAAGCAAAUGUUGAAUCGUAGUUUUUAAUGUUGUUGAAUCGCAAAGCAAAAUCAAAGGUGUCAUACAAAUUAAAAUUUAGUAAAUGUAAUGGAAUUGUAGUUGUUGAGAGAACUCUAAAAAGCUUAUAUAUCAGUCGGUCGGCGGAAGGUUGGUUUAAAUGGUUAAAAAUAAUAAAAGUCUACUGUUUAGAACGGAA